AAGCGACGCGGGUGUGAUGCGCGCGGGUCCCUGAAAGUCCCAGUGAUGGGCUCGGUCAGCAGUGCGCGCCACCGCGACUCAGGGCUCCACCGCUGUUAACCGUGAGCGCGCCUCUCCAUGCGGGUUCAAUAAAGGAGCAAAAGCAGCGAAAAGAAAAGAAGAAGAAAAAAAAACGAGACGCUGCUGAAGGGACAUGACGGCGAGACUGGACGGGAAAGCUGAGACUGUCUCCCGUCCGAACCCGGCGCCUGGGUCCGCUUGGUCCCGUUCUCCGCGCAUCGCCUCCAGGUCUUUGUCAGCCGGUUCACUCCACGGAGAGCAGAGCAGAGCAGAGCGCUUUUGUGGAUUUCUUUAUUUUUCUGAAUGAAGACGUUGGCCAGAGGAGGGCUGUUUCAGUUUUAACGCACCGGAGAUGCGGCGGUGUUAACAUCUGAGGCACCUUGUGAAGUUUGCGGUGCUGGGAUUCAUCCACGGACCGAGUCACCUUUUGUUCGGCGGAAAGAGGCGUUUGAUGCAGCGGUUCCGUCACACUGAGGCAGGAUAACUGAGCGGCUCCUUGAUAACAGCGCAUCUUCCAGUCAUGCUCAGUGUGGUUUGGCGUACCCGAACGCAGAGGGCAUUUGAACAUUUCCCAACCUUGACAUUUGAAUUAUUAUAGAUAUUUAUCCUUUUUUUCAUUCACUGACUCUGCGCCCUGCGCCGCCGUCCACCUUCUCCUGUCAGUCCCGGACUGCGCCUGGCCGUCCCGGUGCUGCCCUUUGUGUGCCCUGGGUUGACGAGGAUCGCCAUGCCGGAGUGCGUGUCGGUGUCGGAGUUCGUGCAGGAGGUCCAGGAGGACUGGAGCUCUCCCACCACCUCCUCCUUCACCUCCAAGAUGAUCAACUGCAGGAACACCAUCUACCUCCUGGAAGAGGCUCUGGACAGCGACCGGUUGGUGCUGCAGAAGAUGAAGAAAGCUGCUAAAGCCAAGUACGCUUCAGGACAAGACCAUGUAUCUCACCUGGAGCAGUACAUCAACUCGAUGGAGAAGCUCGCAGUGAACUGCCACUCAAACGGAGAGGCGGAGGUCGGCUCGGCCUUCUGCCACCUGGCGGACUUUUCUAAAGAACUUCUGUCUCCAAUGAAGAACCUGCUGAAGAGCAUGCUUCACAACAUCAACUUCUUCCUGGACUCUCUGGUCAAAGGAGACCUGAGGGAGGUGAAGGGGGACCUGAAGAAGCCCUUCGAGAGAGCAUGGAGGGAUUACGAGAACCGAUUCAAGCAGGUGGAGAAGGAGAAAAGGGAGCUAGCGCGCCAGUACGGGAUGGUACGGAGCGAGGUGAGCGGAGGAGAAAUCGCCGAGGAGCUCGAGAAAGAGAGGCGCUCCUUCCAGCUGAGCAUGUGCGAGUAUCUCAUUAAGGUGAACGAGAUAAAAACAAAGAGAGGAGUCGACCUGCUGCAGAACCUCAUUAAGCACUACCACAGUCAAAACAAUUUCCUGCAGGAGUGCGUUUCCACCACUCAGAGGCUGAAGCAGUACAUGGAGGAGCUGAACGCCGUGCUGAACACGGUGAAGCAGCGUCAGGAGGAGGAGAAGAGGCAGCUGUGCGCCAUCAGGGAUCAGCUGAGGCCGGUGGUCCACACCGAGCAGGACUCCUUGCCUAAGCAGGUGUACAGCAUGCACCAGCUUCUGGGAGACAAGCAAUACGGCACUGAGCGAACGGGGUUCCUCUACAAGAAGAGCGACGGGUUGAGGAAAAUGUGGCAGAAGAGGAAGUGCUCGGUUCACAACUGUUACCUGACUAUUGCCCACGCCACACCAAAUAAACCUCCGACCCGAUUAAACCUGCUCACCUGUCAGGUGAAACCCAGCGUGGAGGACAAGAAAUGCUUCGACCUUAUUUCCCAUAAUCGGACCUAUCAUUUCCUAGCUGAGGAUGAAGCUGAGUGUGUUGCGUGGAUCUCGGUGCUCAGUAACAGUAAGCAGGAGGCUCUUAGCAUGGCCCUGGAUGGGGGCAGGAGAGAGGGUGGAGGGGGUGAAAGCAGCGUGGAGGACCUGACCCGGGCCAUCACCGACGACAUCCGCAGAAUGCCGGGAAACAACAGCUGCUGUGACUGCGGCGCUCCAGAUCCUGGAUGGGUCUCAACAAACCUAGGCAUCCUGACUUGCAUUGAGUGCUCAGGGAUCCACAGGGAGAUGGGCGUCCACGUCUCCAGGAUCAAGUCCCUGAGCCUGGACAGCCUGGGAACCUCAGACCUGCUGCUGGCCCGAAAUGUUGGCAACUCCGGUUUUAAUGAAAUACUGGAGGCAAAUCUGCUCAGUCCAUCACAGAAGCCCUCCCAGCACAGCCACAUGGCGGAGCGCAAGGAUUUCAUCCUGUCAAAGUAUCAGGACGUUCAUUUUGUGAGGAGGUUCAGCAGUUCUUCGGCAGCGCUGAGGCUGGGCCUGCAGGAGGCGACUAAGAGCUGUGACAUCUACAGUCUGAUCCAGCUGUACGCUCAGAGGGCGGAGCUAAGCCAGCCCCUACACACCCACAUACAGGAGAAAGGGGAGACUGCUCUCCAUUUAGCCGUCCUGUUUGCUGACCGGACAUCGCUGCACAUCCUGGACUUCCUGGCCCAGAACUGGUUUUCUCUUUUUUCCAGCUCCAACGUGGAUGUGCAAACGUCAGCAGGGAACACUGCGCUGCACUACAGCUGCCUGCAUAACAAGAGUGACUGUGUUAAACUGCUGCUGAGAGCCCGGGCCAACAUCCACCUGAAGAAUGAGUUAGGAGAAACCGCUUUGGAUGUGAGCCGCAAGUUGAAGCACAGUGAAUGUGAGGCGCUGCUGCAGCAGGCCCAGUCCGACCAGUUUGACCACCACGUCCACGUAGAGUACGAGUGGAGGCUUCGCCACGAUGACCUGUACGACAGUGAUGAUGACUUUGAUGACAGGAAUGGCCCCGUGAAGAAGGAGCGCUCCUCAUCUUCCUCGUCCUCAGUCUUCACCCCCUCGUUCUCCUUCUCCUCCCGUCCUUUCACCUUUAGCCAGUCAUCCAACUCCUCCUCCUGCUCUGUUGCCGUCCCAUCCUCCGCAGGACCAGGAGCAGGUCUCCUCAGCGUCGGGAGGAGACUAGCCAUGGCCAUGGAGCUCCACAGCCGUCCGUCUGGCUCCGCCCCCAGCCCUCCUCCUCCCCCUCCGUCUUCCCCCGCUCCUCCGCUGCCGCCACGGGUCAAAGCCCCUUGUGUUCCCCCUCCUCCUCCCCCGGCUGGGAGUGAUGGAGUAAGGGAUGAGGAGGAGGAGGAGGCGGAGGUUUUCUUCCCCAUGUCAGGAAACAGAAAGACGACACCUCCCCCUCCAAUCGCCAUCCGGCACAAGAGGACCUGCUCUGAGUCUAAUAAGCAGGAUCACGGGUUACCAACCAGUCCCAGGAUUUACAGUGGUCCAGAAUCCUCCUUCAAGAAGUGUGUUCCAUCUUCUCCUCUCAGCUCGCUGACGGAACAACCAGACAGAGGUUUUCGACGGACAGAAAGUGAAGGUAGCUCCUCACAUUUCUUGUACCCGGCCAGUAAAGCGCAUGCGAAUGGGUCCCCAAUAAGCCAGCGCUCCCAGAGCUUCGACAGCGAUGGCAGAGGUCCCACCCCUCAGCCACUUCCUCGCAGAUCACUGCCUCGCGGAGCAGCCAGUCGGCGGGCUCAAGCUCUGUAUGACUGCCAAGCAGACCACCAUGAUGAACUGAGCUUCUCUGAGGGUCAGAUGUUGGUGGUUCUCGGGCAGGAGGACUGUGAUUGGUGGCACGGCUAUAUAGAAGACGAACCAGACCAGAGAGGUCUGUUUCCAGCCUCCUUCGUCCAGCUGCUCUCCGAUUGACGUAAACCUGGUCCAGAUCCUCAGGACGGCACGGAUCCAGAUCACAUCAGAACUUGUGGAAACAGAAACGGGUCCUCAUAGGAAGCAGACACCGGAUGGUAAAACCCGAUAGUUAUAGAAUCGGGUCGGACUUUUGGGUCCGAUUUCUGCCAUCCUGCAAGUUCUUGAGAUCUUGGUCCAGCAAACCUCAGGUCUGGAUUUACCAUGACAACAUCAUGGGCAACUUUUGACAAAAUACUUUAGACUGAAUACUUCAUGCGGCUGAAUCCGGGGAGUGUUGCAAAGAAAACUGGUCCGCUAUGAAUUGUGGCUUGCAGGACAUUUCCAAUGCCUUUAUUUAUGGAUUUAACAAGCACAGGAAGUCUGACCAAGUCACAGCCAUCUAGUGGAUUAUUUAUUGUGAAGCUGAGCUCAGACUGCUUUCUUCAUUUUAGUGAUAUUUAAAUUUAUCUUGUUGAAUUUUUUUGCGGAAACAUCUGCAGGACACCAGCAAAAGCUGCCACAGCUCGAGCUCCUUUUCCUAAGGAUUCUUGGAUACUGAAGACCAAAGCUCCAGAUUCAGUUGACAACCGGUCGUCGGCAUAGAAUGGGCACAAAAACACGGAGGGACUUAUUUAUGGGUUUGUCAAAAGACUUCAGAGAAGAUGAAACCUGAGAUGAGAAGCACUCGACGCCUUUCAGCUGCCUUUGUGUCUCAAGAUACCAACACUUCACUGAGCACAAACUGUGGCGACCUGUCGACACUUUUAGAAUGAAUAACUCAGUGUUUAGGCUAAAAAAAAAAAAAAAAGAAAAAAGUUGAAAUAUUUUUCUUCAAAUGACAAGCACACUAUUUUUCCCUAUAGACACAUUAUCAAAUACAGCACAAAGAUGUUGAAAGAAGCACCACUGUAUGAUGAGAGGAUUGACUUUUUCGAAGUAGUUAUUUUUUAUUUAAAAAAGAAAAAUAGCUUAUAAAAGUCAAGUCUCUCAUUUGAAAUGUAAACUAUGUAAAAAAUGCUGUUUUAUUUUCUAAAAAAAAAAACAAACAACAGAAAGAAAUUGGUGUUUAACAGCACACAAAAUGAAUGUUUUAAUGUUGUAUUUAUUUUUAAUACGACUUUCUCACCCUGCAGCUUGUUAAAAGAUACGGUUUUAAUUUUAAAAAACAACAAAAAACAAAAAAAUGCUGCACAGCUGUUCUCCGUUCUCCCAGGAAUGAUUCUUUUGCUAAGCAAACAUGGCGGCUAACGAACCGACGUAUAGGGUGACCCGCAGGUGUUAUAGCGCACAGAGCAGCUGUGUAAAAACAAGAAUUGGUGCUCACCUGUAUACAAAAAUCCUUUGUAGCCUGGCUUGCAUGCGUUAACGAAUCUGCCAUUGUCCUCACAACAAUGAACUCGCCCUGAUCCACUCAUACAGCGCCCUCUACACUCAUGGGGACCCCUGCUGUGCAACCUCAUUAUACCAAUAGGACAUCAAGUCUCCUAUUAUGGUUGGAACAUGCAGAGAAAAGGAUCUUUGUCUCUUCUUUUUGGGACUACUGAAUGACCUGUUCUUAUUUUCUGGCAAUCCACCAGAUUUUUUUUGACAUGUUAAUAUUUAAAGGUUUAUGACCCUAUGUGGUCUAACAAAGUCCCCUGGUUCUUUGGAAAAUCACAGUUCUUCCUCGUCGAUGGAUUCAGGAUUCAACAUCACUUCCUUUAAACACAAUUUGUUUGCUGAUUUUGUGCUUUAAUUGGAGCCAGAGAAGUUGCACUGACAUUCAAAUCGUAAGUGUCUACUUUCGCCCUGAAAGUGGCUGUGGACGUCGCACAAGGGCUGAACACCUGGACUUCCUUAAUCCAUCUAUGAAGUGCUUUUCCACGCAUCAGUUUUCUGUUCCAUGCCAGGUCCACCCAGAGUGUUUGUUGCCAAAAAAGAAAUAAUGUGCUUUAGUCAGUUAAGAUUAUACUUAAGUAAUGUUUAGCAAACUGUACACAUUUAUAUUUGUUUUGGUGAGACACCAAAGGAAUUUUUUCCCCCCUCCCAUGCGUUCAAAACACCCAGCUGGCAUGUAGAUAGCAUCUAAUGCCAGGAUGAUAAAACUUGCUGCUGUUUUCCAACAGUGAGCUUUGGAAGCUGUUUUACCUUUCUUUCUCAACUGGUGAUUUUGUAAAGAACAAAUACUUGACACAUGGUAUUUUGCCCCACUGAAUAAAUGUUCUAAAGGUUGUUGAUUCUCA